AUUACUGCAGGGUCAAACACUUCUAUAAUAAAAUGCUUUAUUUGUUCUUUUAAAACCAAAAUAUUCAAAACAACUUCUGGUUGUUGGCUUCUGUCAAACUAUCACAGACAUUUUAAGUCACACCUAGCAGAAAUUACAAAAAAAAAAGAAGAAGCAAAGCGCCCAAUGUUCAAUAUUAUCGUAUUUGCGCGAAAAUGGCAAUUUCUCCAAUAAAAGCCAAGACAAUGAUUUAACGAAAAAACCUAGGAAAAAACUGACACUAAAUGAGAAUAGAAAACCAAUGAAUGAAAAUUCAAACCCAUGUGUGGACCAACACGUUGAAACAAAUUCCCAAAUUGAAGUAUUACAAAAUAUUGUGGUUCGACCAGCUGUUGAAAAUAGAGCCGAAAAUACAAAUAGCCCGUAUAAUUCUUCCAGUUUUCCGCCACAAUCGUUGUCUCAACUUGAGCCCCAACCAUUGCAAGAUAGUGUUUUUCAAAUAGAAAGUAAUCUUUGUGAGUUUCCUCCUGAUCCAAGCACUCCCUCUGAUAUUGACCCAUAUACCUGUGGCAUUUCUACAGAUCCAACCAGUUAUUUGGAUUUUACAUCUGCAGAUGAGGAGACAACUUCAAAUUUUCAGUCAGGCAGGGUUACUACUACGGAGAACACUGAUAUUAUUAGUAACACCUGCCUUAUGCCAAAUAACUCCAAAGUACUUCCGUUCUCCUUAAAAUCUAAUAAAUGGCGGGACCCAGUUUAUAGCCGGCAGCAGCGAAAUCUAAGGAAACUGAAAACCGCGUCUGCUGACAACUACAACAUAACAGAUUUUUUCCCGUUGGUUGAGAAAGUUCAAAAAGAGUUUUCCAAUUUUGUUUCUGAAAAUAAUGAUUUCAGAAAAACACUGAGUUUUUUAAACAUAGACGUUUUUGAUGAUUCAAAUAUAUCGACUUUUUUCAAGGCCCUUGUUGAGAACAAAACCAAGCAUUGUGAGUACAGAGGAAGAAAAUAUGAGACUAACUUUAAAGACUUUUAACAUGGUUAUAUUUAACCGGCGGAAAAUUGAUGUAUGAAACUCUUCACCUAAAUCUAAGAAAUAUUAUGCCAAGCCCCUCAACAAUCCGAAAAAGGGUAGUUGAUAACCAAACAAUUGAAGAAGGUUUAUUCCGAUUCUCAGCAUUGAAAGCAUACCUUACAGAUCAUAAGUACCCAUUGAAUAUAUGGUUAAGUGAGGAUCAAACAGCUAUCAAUAGUAAAAUACAGUAUUCACCAAAAAACAAUCAGCUUGUUGGAUUUACUCCUCCAUUAGAUGAAAGUGGAUUUCCAGUACUGAAUAAUUUUCCUUUUGAUACGCUUAAACAAUUAGAACAAUACUUUGAAAAUGAAGCAAAAUCUAACUAUAUAAACAUCAUUAUUUGUCAACCUCUGGUUGAUAAGGCCUCUGGAUUCUGCUUAUGUGUCUAUGGAACUAACAACAAGUUUUCAUCAGAAGAUGCGGAAAGGAGAUGGAAUAAAAUUGAAGAACUGGCUCAGGAACAAGGCAUCACAAUUGAAGGAUUUUCAACUGAUGGAGACUGUAGAAUGUUAAAAGUUAUGAAAAGCAGGAGCGGACUUCCUACUUUUUCUGACUCAGAUUGGUUUUUUGCAAAUUAUGAUGCCCAACGGCCUUUAUAUAUCCAAGACACCGUACAUAUUGGAACCAAGUUAAAAACAGUGUUUUUAAAGCCUUCCGUAGAACUACGCAUAGGGAAAUAUAAGGUUUCGAGUGAACAUCUCAAAAAUCUGAUUGAUACAGUUUCCAAAGAUAAGCAUAGCCUUACAUACUCAACUCUGAAUCCAACAGAUAAAAUGAACUUUGAUAGCUUUGACAAAAUGACUCAGGAAAAAGUAGUUGAGGCAUUGAAGAAUAAUAUUCCCGAUUCAAAAGGAACAAUAGCAUUUCUAAGAAUAUCCCGGUUUCUACUGGACGCAUUUUUAAGCAAGGAAUUGACUCCAAUCGAAAGAAUAUAUAAAAUGUGGAUAUCUACUUUAUUUUUCCGUAUCUGGCGAUAUAUCGUGUCAAAUGAUAAUGAUGCUUCUUUAACCAAGAAUUUUAUUACCCUCAAUUGCUAUACCUGCAUUGAAUUGAACGCACAUGCACUGGUGGAAUAUGUGAGGAGAUGUCGAGACAGUCCAAUUAACAAAUUCUAUCCAUGGUUACUUAGUAGCCAGCCGUGUGAAAAAAAAAUUCGGGAAUUGAGAUCACUAACCAGCACAUUUUCCACCGUGGUGAACUUUUCUUUAUUCGAAGUUCUACACCGACUUACGAGAACCGAGUUGAUUAGUAAAAUUUCUCAAGAUACAGAAGGCUAUAAAUUUGCAAGAGAGAACAAGAAACUUGGUUAUAAUACCAAGCCAGCAGAGGAAUCUUUACCCACAGAAACAGAAAUUGGAAGCAUUAUUCAUGAAGCUGUCGAUUACGUUAAAACUACAUUUUUGGAUAUGGAAAUUCAAGUAGACAGUGAAACAUAUUAUCGGCCCAUUUUAAAACUUAAUAAAGACCUCAAUCUUGAUGAAGAGCCUGGAAGUGAUGAGGAAAAUGCUCGGGAAAAUGAAGUCGAAGAUCAGAAACACGAGGACAAUAUCAUUAACGAUUCGGAUCUCGAAGAUGUGGAAGAUGUUAAUCUUAUGAAGGAUAUCUUUUCCUCACAAAGAACACUGAAUUUAAAAGACUUUACUCACCCAAACGAAGAGAAAACCCAAACGUCAACAGAAACAUCAGCCUCGAAAUCAGCGUUCUUGAAGAAAAAUCCAGGCAAAAGAAUCGCAAAUAAAAGAAGUCUCGGAAAAAGAAAGAAACUAAGGAGAAAUAAAGAAAGCUCUUCUGAAGAAACUUCAGAUAUUUCAUUGCAUGACCAUAGCUCAGAUGAUUCAGAAUAUUUUAACGAAGACGAAAGAAGUGAUGAAGAAGAAACUAAGAAAGAAAAUAAAGUGCAAAUAGAAGUUGAAAAAUACUAUGCUGUAUUUUAUGACAUAGGAUGGUUUUUGGGGCGAGUUAUAGGUCAAGACAAGAAUCAAAAUGAUAAUAAGGAUGAAACCGAAGAAACUAUACUUAUAAAAUUUUUAAAACAAGAUUUGGAAAGGUUUGUUUGGCCAAAAGUCAAAGACGUUCAAGUUGUAGAGAAAAAAUUUGUAUUUUAUGGUCCAAUUGAUUUGUGUGGCAAUGAUCCCUUCACACUAAAAAGAAUGGACAAAAACAAAAUAGAAAAAAAUUAUAAAGAUAUGAAACUCUGUGUCUAA